ACUAAAGUAUUUCCACACAAUAUCCCAUUACUAAACUUUUCUCCUAUCUCAUUCCCAUGGCUCCUGCUUCUCAACAACCAACUCCAUCUCCAUCUGACUCACUAACCACCGAUGCAUCAUCCGAAAACAACAACGUUACCAUCACUGGAAAGAUAUACACACGAGUUCGUCUCGCUACAAAAUCUGAUCUAUCUCAUAUAUACCAAUUGUUUUACCAAAUCCAUGAAUACCAUAACUUCACUCAUUUAUACAAAGCUACUGAGUCCUCCUUAGAGGGCUUGCUUUUUAAAGAAAAUCCUCUUCCACUUUUCUAUGGGCCAUCCGUACUUCUACUUGAAGUCUCUCCAACCCCUUUUAACGAACCCACAAACGAAGCGUUCAAGCCCGUCCUUACAACGUUUGAUCUUAAAUUCCCUGCGGUGGAAGGACAAGUUGAGGAAUUCCGAUCCAAAUAUGAUGAUAAGAGUGAUGCUUACAUUGCAGGAUAUGCUUUCUUUUACGCGAAUUAUUCGUGUUUCAAUGACAAACCAGGAUUUUAUUUUGAAAGUCUUUACUUCAGGGAGAGUUAUAGAAAGUUGGGAAUGGGGAAACUGUUGUUUGGAACAGUUUCGUCCAUUGCUGCGGACAAUGGGUUCGUAUCGGUCGAUGGAAUAAUCGCAGUAUGGAAUAAGAAGUCAUAUGAUUUUUACAUAAAUAUGGGAGUUGAAAUUUUUGACGAGUUUAGGUAUGGAAAGUUGCACGGUGAAAAUCUUCAAAAGUAUGCACAUAAUAAGGGGGAAAAUGAGGAAGAGACCUGUUAAUUUUUUUAUUUUAUUUUUUGCUUAAUUGUGUAAUUUAUCAAUUUCCUUUUUCUAAAAGCAGUUGUAUUAUCUUUGUGCUUGAAAAAUAUUAGUAAAUAAUAAAAUAUUUGUCAAAAUAAAUUGAGGGUGACCAAUUGAUGA